AUGUCUUAUCUUCAAGCUUUUCUGAACGACCGUCCAAAACAUUCUUUUGAUGUGGUUCAGUUAAGACUAAGACGGGCAAAAGCAUUAAAUCAGGAAAUUGCCGAUUAUUUUAAAGAACGUGCUAUAAUCGAAGACAAUUAUGUAAGAAGCCUUCAAAAAUUAGCAAAUAAGACGCCAUUAAUAGAUAAGUCUAAUUUGGGUUCUUUUGCAAGCGUCUGGAAUGCAAUUUUUUCCGAGCUUAAUGAUAUAGUUAGUAUUCAUGCUUCGCUUUAUGUAAUGAUGAACGAAGAAAUUGAUCAUCCUUUACGUGAACAAGCAACAUCUGAUCCAGGAUGGACACAAUUAAAAAAUCUUGAAAGUAAUCUAAGCAAACUAGCACGAGAAUAUGAAGAAAAGCUGACAAAAGUCAACAAGCAUAAAAUAAAAACUGAAAAAUCAUCUGGAAAGAAAGCUGGAUCCUUCGAAAGUAAAUUAACUGAGGCCCAAAAAGCUCUGGACCAAACUCAAGCAGAAUGGCGUUCUUGUUUGUCGGAGUACCUCGAAAAAUCUCAAGUAGUUGAUACAAGGCGUUUAAUGAAUAUUAAAGAAAUGCUCGUACGUUUUGAGACAGCACAAGCUGAAUCAUAUCAAAGAGGAGUUGUGAUGGCUGAACGGAGUAUGAAUACACUUAUGGAAUUCGAUGUGCAGACUGAAAUUGAAGAAUUUUGUUCUAAUAGUUUGCAUGUUGCUGAAGGAACCUCUCUUGAAGAACUACCUAAUUCAUCUUCAAACAAUCCAUUCAAAAGCGCUCUAGGAACUAUACGACGCAAAAGAACUGCAUCAGCACAUUCGGAAUCUGUAUAUUCGCAACGACUGGAUAGUGACAAUGCACGGAGUGGAAGUGAUGGAUUACGAAGUCCUUCUAAUUCCUCUUUUAUUUUACAAAAUGAAGUUUCACCACCAAGUGAAAUGUCUGUGUCAAAAGUUCUUGUUGACUCGGAAGGAUAUUCGAUACCUCCUGAAUCUAAGCCAUGGGAUGGCUUUUCUUCAAAUGAUGAGAAUGAUUCAGAUGCCCGUUCAGAUGGUGCGCAGGGUUCGUUAGCUGCACAGGAUAAGGCCAUACGCGUUGAGAUCAAGCCACCCAUUCCUGAGGCGAACGAAGCGGAGGCUGCCGCGGCGAUUUCUCUUGUAAUGACGACACUCAAAUCGACUCCAACAAUCAAACAACGAGCUGUUCGUGGUCGUCGAGACACAACGAAAAGUACAAUAUUUAGUUCAGAUAAUAUUCAUGUUGAUACGCCUACUGUUUCAGAAAUUUCUGACAACAUUGUAACGUCAUCACCGACGUGUGAAUUACCCGAUACUAUAAAUUAUCAAGGAAUUAAUACUGAUAUUCAAACAAAAGCACAUGGAUUAAAUGCAUCUAUAUUAGAAACAGUUAAUAUAAUAUCGAAAGGAGGUGAUGUGACAAAGCUACUAGUGACAGGCGAAAUCAGCGUAACAUACAAUGAUUCGAUGAUACGAGACAAUUCGACGCCGAUUCGGGUUCGAAUAAAUAAUUUUGACACACUAGAAAAAGCUGUUCCGAAUGUGUCUUAUCUUUCACCUGUUCCAGAAGUUGCUGGAGUCUAUGAUCUUAAUAUUGAAUUGUUAUCUCAAGCUGGUGGUACGCCGGUGGUUGUGAUGAAAUAUCAACUUCGUAUUGAUCCUCAACACAAAAGCACCUAUGUACCACUUCACGUUACUCCAAAAUGGAAAUGUGAACCAAAUCAAACCUCUUUAGUUGUUUCUUAUGAAGUUAACCCUGAAUUCAGACUUUCCGGAACAUUGGCCGAGCUUUCUUUCAUGAUACCUGUUGACGGGGAAGUUAAAACAGUACAAUCUAAACCAACUGGUGUAUGGAGUGUAGAGAAGCAAAGAAUGUAUUGGCAAGUUAGUAAUGCAGAUCUGGCCACUCCUUAUGAACAAAAAAGAAUUUUGGCUCGAUUUGAGACAUCGCAAACUUCUCAGCCGGCGCCAGCUGCUGUUAAGUUUUUAUGUGAAGGACAAUUAUUAAGUAACAUUUCUUUAGAAAUUGUACAAGAUAUACCAAAUGGAAAUGGCAUCCUUAAACAAAAUGGUAGUUCAGAAUAUGAAAAUACAUUUAAAUUUCAGCGUAUUCUUUGUCAAAUAACCAGUGGCAAAUUUCUUGCAUCACCAUAA